UAGAUCGCUCCAACACUUAGCCUACUCUUGGCGUCUCCUCUAUUUCUCUCUGGUCAGCAGCUGUCCCAGUCGUUGCCAUUUCGCAGUCUUCUUACGCUUGUCAACAGAAGCAAGAGAGGUCAUCACAAUGGCCGAUCGUUGGCGCGGCGACGCCAUGCCCCAGCGGCCAUUCGCGUCUGCUCAGGAGAGGGAGUUCGACGGCGGAGGCAGCAGCGGCGGAGGCGCCGGGCCGGCGUUUGGCGGUGACUUUGAUCAGGGGUCGUCUUACAUGGCGCUUCUUGGCGCCGUUGUGAACCCCCAGCCACCACUGCCGCCGCCGUGGGGGUCCAUCGAGGAGGUGACGACGGCGCCUGCUAUUAAUCUGACGCCUCAGUUCAUGGCGAGCUCCUACACGCCGCCGUCCUACCAGCAUCCCGCCUUGUUCGCCCCAUCCCCGCUUGGCUGCAGCAUGCAACCCUACGCAUCGUACCUCCAGCCAGACCCUCCGCCGCUGCAAUGGCCACUUCCGCGAGCGAUGCCGGCGUCUUCCUCCCUACCGCCGUCCAACUUCACCGUCCUCCUCCCCAGGGCGGCUCCGCACGACCAGCAGCACAUGCAGCCGCGCGUCGGCGCGUUCUUCGGCGGCGACUCGUCCCAGAAGCAUGCGACGGCGGCGGCUAUCGAGCAGCCGGGUAAGGACGGGUACAGCUGGCGCAAGUACGGGCAGAAGCAGCUCAAGGACGCCGAGUCGCCGCGGAGCUACUACAAGUGCACGCGCGACGGGUGCCCCGUCAAGAAGGUCGUCGAGCGCUCCUUCGACGGGUUCAUCACGGAGAUCACCUACAAGGGCCGCCACAACCACCCGCGCCCCGCGCAGCGCGGUGUUCACGCUGGCGGUGGGGAUGAUGCCGCCGCUGCCGACGAGCACGAGGACGGCCCGAGCGACGACGACGACGACGCGUUGCACGAGGAUCAUGACGGCGACGGGUGCCGUGACGGAGGUGCGGACGGCGAGGGCGGGCCGAGGGUGGUGAAGAAGCCCAAGAUCAUCAUACAAACCCCGAGCGAGGUGGAUCUCCUGGACGACGGCUACCGGUGGCGCAAAUACGGGCAGAAAGUGGUCAAGGGCAACCCCCGUCCCAGGAGCUACUACAAGUGCACCGCCGACAACUGCAACGUGCGCAAGCAGAUCGAGAGGGCGUCCAACGACCCCAGGUGCGUCCUGACGACGUACACCGGCCGGCACAACCACGACCCAACGGGCCGGGGCGCCGCCGAAACUGCCGCCGCGGGCGGCUCUUCCGCUGAUCAGGCGCCAUCUUCAUCCACGAACGUAGCCGGUGGAAGUGGAAUGUUUCAGCAAACCGGUGGCACUCGGCAGCUGAAAGAGGAGAGCUAGCCGAGAUUAACACCUGUUGAAUUGAUGGAUGGUUUUUGUGGAGUGUGGUUUUCCUUGGUGUGAAUAAUAGAUUCUUUUGGGCAGGUGUUUCAGCUGGCUAAUUGUCGGUCAUCAUUCUUUGGAUUUCGGCUGUUUUAGGGGAGCUGAAGUGAUGAUUUGGUUGCACAAGUUGGUUGUGUUGCGUGAUUGUACAUUUGUUGUUUCUUUCUUUCUUUUUUCAUGAACUUGAAGGCACGAGUUCAUUCGUUUUUUCUCGCAAAAUAUUCUAGAUGAAAAAUGGAAGGUCCAAGGAACUCAUAUGUACUGAAAUACUGAACCUUUAGUAACCAUCAAUUUUGUUUUA